GGACCAUCUCCAGAGAUCAUUCUCGUCCGUGUUCAUUUCUUGCAUCGAUACAAACAGAGACAUUGAUAAAAUGUCAGUACCAGCAGAAGUUCAACUUAAUAUGCCACCAACAGAUCCUGCAGACACGGAGAUGACGGUGGAAGAGGGUCCACGGAUGCGAAAGCUCCGUGAAGUCUUUGAAGCGGCCUUAAACACAUGCCUAAACGGAUGUAGUUACGCGAAAAUGGCCCAAGCCUUUCCUCGUCUCGCACGCGAUAAUCCGGAUGCACUUCGGAGCGCGCGUGAACAGUUGGUUGCCUUCAUUCGAGAAUCGAUACGAGAAGAAUUUGAGGACAUUAACAUGGAUAAAAAUGUUGUGGCCAAACUCAACGAGCUUGACCGCAUUAUUGCACUAGCCCAGCAGAGGCAGAAAGCAGAAUAUGAAAGGGGGCAGGGGCGAGGGUCGAAGAGAACAGAUAAUAGCUCUGCACCAGCGGAGUGCAUGCAUUUCAGAGUAUCUCCCGCUCAGGCAAUUCGAGCUUACAGCGUAUAUGCCAAGCGACGCGAACUGAGUAAGCUACACACGGAAUUGGCCGAGAUCCAGUCUGCAAAUCAUGCUCUUCAGUCACGUCUUACGCAGUCCAGAGCAGAAGUGAGUACUUUACAAAAUACCAUUCAAUCAUCUGCGGAUAAGCUUCUGCCACCUCGAGGGAUCGUCGAUGUGAUAGAGAUAAACACAGCUGUUGGCGGUUCAGAGAUGGAAUGGACGUAGAGACGAAUCCACGCCUGGGCACAGACUUCAGGCACACCAGCGCGGUCACAUCAAACUUGUACAUAAUUCAGCGAGGCUUCCUAUUUAAAUAUAAUUCCUUAAAACUACAA